UACUUCUUUGACCAGCCACGUGCAAAUUGUCACACGCACGACACCAUCAACAGACCCGUUUUCACACACACACUGAACAAGGAACGGCUCUUCACCAGCACUAGACAGACAGACAGACAGACGGACACGCUACACACAAACACGUGGGGGGGAGAGGGGCCGUCCACCACAUCACUCCAGUACGUACUGGCAACUGGCAGGCCCGUCGUGCAUGUGCCAAUCGUCCACACACAUCCGCUUGGCAAGGCCCAGGCAUGUGGGUUGUCUCGCCAACCUUCACUCGUGGGACUCUCCAGGCACCGCAGCCAACGUCAGCCAGCCAGCCAGCCGACUGAUGGAGGGAUGGAUGGAAGGACGGACAGCGGGGGCGGAGGGAGGGGGGAGGAGGGGGACGGGGCGGCGCCUUAGAGGGCCACUUCGAUGCCGGCUUCCUUGAAUGUUGUCAUGAUGUCAUCCAUCUGGGGCAACCGACCCUCGCUGAAUCACACACACAUACACAGAAGGGCGAGAAGGCGUCAUUUGGCGACCGCGGUGCACAUCAGUGUUCUUUUUGAAUGCACACCUGAGGCUGGACCACACGAGUUGUCUUCCCUUGUAGAUCUCGAAGGCGUGGGUGGCCGUGAGCGUCGACUGCACCAGAUUGCCGACGAAGAAAAGGACUACGAACGACAUCAUCUUGUUCUGCUGCAACCUGCACACACACACACACACACAGGUGGUCGGUCCGUCUGACUAACAUAUGUGUGUGUGAUGGUUGCCGUACGCGUCGAUGAGUGGUGGUGUUGGGUCCAGCCCGAAGAAUUGACAUAUGGUGGUGCCGGCGAAGACGCAUGCGAACCCAGACAGCUGAACCACCAUGGCUACCGACGCCAUGCUCUUCCGAAGACCGCUCGGCUACACAUACAUACAAUGGAAUCUACCGUUUCGUGCUGUGCUUGCCGUCCGUCCGUCGACGCGCGCGGCGCGCGUGUGUGUGUGUGUGGUCGCCUGGCUGGCUUACUGACUGACCUCGUAAGGGACGCCCCUGACCCGGUAGUUGACGACGGAGCGGGUGUUGAUGAAGUUGGCCACCUGCUGCGCCGCCCCCUUGUACUGUCAGGACUGGCAGUACUGAAUCGUGAUGGUGUCCUCGUCCACGUCAGCUGGUAAAGGGUUGACCGCACGCCAGAAACUCCCAUUCGUACCGAAAUACCCUCCCUCCCCCUCGGUGGCAGUCCCUGGCCUCCUCUCCCUCUGAUCUUCAUCUUUGGGUAAAUGGUGGCGCUCGUGCGGCUGCUGACUUGGUCCUCCUUCUUUGAUGGAGGGCGCUGUGAGAUCCUGCACCAGUCGGUAGGCCACCAGAGCCGCCACAAAGGCAAGGCCGUAGUGGUAUGCUUGCAGCUGCAUAUGCCGAUCUAAGGAUGUCCUGCGGCUACUUCUGAGAGGCCAGCCACGCCCUGAGGCGCGUUUCGGCUCUUCAUUGCUGCGCGAGCU